CCAACAAUCGACAGUUAUUUUAAGGCUGCAGCAAAACAACUUGAUUUGGAUGUGGACACAACUGUGUGUGACCCAUCCAAUGAAAAGGCCAUUUACAUAGAGGCAUUGAAAAAAAAGUUAAAAGAUUUAGAUGGCGACGGAGACCAGGCUGGCAACAUAGAUAUUGCCUUUUAUGAAGAAGAUGCGGCCGUCGAUGCUGAAAUUGUUGACAAUGAAGGAGCUGUUGGUGGAAAUGAGAAUUUUGAACAGGAAUAUGUGUGCGGUACAUCUACACCAGCUACAGAGGGCACUGAGCCAGCAAAAUGUCCUAAAUGUGUUGAGUGGAACACGAAAUACGACGAUCUCAAAAAGCUUUGUUUAAAGCUUACCAUUCGCAAUGCCAGCAUGGACUUAAAGUACGAUGACCUUCUGAAAACGAAAACUUGCAUGCGUCAAUUGGCACCGGACGAUGGUGCUUCAGCUUCAUCAACAGACGAUUUUUUUACGUCGAAAGAAUUGAAGUUCUUGGAGGUUUUGUCUCUUGAGAAGAAAACCGACUCUACUUUUGUGCGCCACUGCCUCGAGUUCAUAUAUAAGGACCACCUAGCUGCUCUGUCUACGAAAACAUUGAAAGGAACUGCAGAAAAACAACAUUUUUCAGAUGAAGGAGUUGUGGAGCGAGUUACAGAAGGUAAAGACCCGCUUACGCCACCAAAAGUUGCCAGAAUACGAUGUUUGUUUGUGGAAAGAAUAUCGAAGGCUGGAGUCGGGCCAGUUGAGUAUGGCGAACGCAUCAAAGAUGCAUAUCUGAAUAGAUUAAUUGCUGCUAGUAUCCAGAACAUUUCUAAGAAAUGUUGAAAUAAUUGUGAUAGAAACGAGUCAUGUAAGUCAUUGAAAGAAUUGUAAUAUAAUUUGUUGUUGUU